AUGGAUGGAAUGAAUUUGCUUGCGCGCACGCAUGCUUGUAUUGCGCCAAUAGCAACCAUCGGCAAGGUCAAUAUUUAUUGCCCUUCUGCUUUCGAGGGCGGCGAAAAGGUGUCGGCAAAGCUCAAAUCAUUCGGCAUCAUGUCCAUAUCAACUUGCAAACACCUCUCUAGUCUGCCCGACUUCACGAUCGAAUGCGAUUACACUCGGUUGACAGACAUACCGUUGAUGCUUUGCAAUGCUCGUGAUCCAGAUGCAGAAGUCGUCCACUGUGGUAAUGGCUACAUGGCUCGUUGUUGCAGGGUGAGUCCGACAUAG